UUUUUUGUCGAAUGCACCGCACAACUGCAUUCAAGUAAUUAAGAGAGCAUUAAAUAUUUUAAAACAAUAACAAACAACUAAAGUUUUAAUGCUAAUGAUCGAGAAAGAGACGAAAAAAGUAUAAUCAACAAAAUACAUUCUCGUUUUGAAUGAAAAGAGAAAGAAUUGUGUGUGUGAACGGUUGCCCACACGAAAAUCGGGUGCGAGUGUAUUUGUUGGCAAUUCUACGAAAAUUCGUUCAUAUUUUAUAAAAUUUGCAACGAAAACCGACGAAAAAGAAGAAUAACAAAACAUAUUGAGUCCGUUUGAAAAAUUAAUAUUCUCAAAAUAAGACAACUAUUGCUGCCCGCCUGCCACUGCUACUAACCAACAUCAGUUUGCUGCCAAUUAACAACGCAAACACAAAUGAAGUUUAUUUGCAAAGCGGACUCUUUGACUUUGCAUUAUACGAUUUACAAUUACACAGCGAUGGAAUACAUCGAAAUGAAAUAAAAGCUAAAAAUAUUGUUGUUCAUUGAAUUUGCGCCCAGACGUUUGUCGAUUGUGUCUCUUUCUGUCUCUCUCUAUUUUGUUAUUACCGCUGAUACUAGCUGAUUGCUUGAUCACUUCCACGAACGCUCUUUUUUUUGCGCUGGGCCAUACGCGAUGUAACAUCGCAACAAGCAACAAGCAAAUAGCGUGUACGCGAUUCCAUACAGCCAAUGAUGCGCGCUGAUCAGUUUUUUUCGAGACAGUGAAUCGUUGUAAUAUAUUUAUGACAUCGAGUUUGAUCGAAAUUAUAUCCAAAAGCAAUAACAGAACUUUGCCCGUUUUUUUUUUGUUUCAAAUCAACCUGUCUGCCUAUAAAUGCAAUCAGAGCACAUAGCCUCUGUAAGAUAGCUGUGUCAAAUUCGAAACGAAAUUUGCGAAGAUAUUCGGAAAAUUUACCAAACGAAAAAUUGUUGGCGUGAAAAUUGGACCACGACAAAACAAAACAAAAAACAAUUUAAAAACUAUGGAUCAGAAUGACAUAGCCAAUCAUUCAGUGAGUGAGUCGGAUAAGUCUUUGAACAUCAGUGACGUCAUUAACGCUAUCCGAGAUACAGAUCCCUGUGCAGGGGGUAUAUUUAAUAGUGGAUCACAACAAUCACCUAAUACUCAGAUAAAUAACGACAAGACCACCACUGCAAUGACAUCCAGGAGCAAUCAUCAUGGUGCACGUGCUCCUUCCAACAGCCCCUACCCGAAUGCUUUUGUAAAAAUUACAGAGCAACCAGCGCCGAAAGCGUUACGGUUCCGAUACGAAUGUGAGGGUAGAUCAGCUGGUUCGAUACCAGGUGCAAGCUCAACUCCAGACAAUAAAACUUAUCCAGGCAUUCAGGUGGUGAACUAUCGUGGUCGUGCUGUUGUUGUCGUAUCUUGUGUCACAAAAGAUAAACCAUAUCGGGCACAUCCACAUAAACUUGUCGGAAAGGACAUUUGCAGUAAAGGCGUGUGCACCCUCGAAAUCAACAAUGAAACCAUGACUGCAACAUUCGCCAAUUUGGGCAUUCAAUGUGUUAAGAAAAAGGAUAUUGAGGAAUCGCUGAAAGAACGGGAGAAAAUCCGAGUUGAUCCAUUCAGAAAGGGAUUUGGCCAUGCUUCUCAGCCAUCAAGCAUUGAUUUGAAUGCAGUUCGAUUGUGCUUUCAAGUUUUCCUGAAAGAUCCCGACGGGCAUAAUUUUAAUAUUCCGCUUGAGCCAGUCGUUUCGGAACCGAUUUAUGACAAAAAGGCCAUGUCAGAUCUUGUGAUUUGCAAAUUAAGUAAACCAAGCUGCAAUGUAGCUGGUGGAGACGAGAUAAUUUUAUUGUGCGAGAAGGUAGCAAAAGAAGAUAUUCAAGUGCGGUUCUUCGAAGAAAACCAAGGUGUAAUCGUAUGGGAAGGCUAUGGUGAUUUUCAACACACAAACGUUCAUAAACAAGUGGCAAUAUCGUUUCGAACUCCAAAAUAUAAAACACUUGAUAUCGAGCAACCCGUCAAGUGCUUCAUACAGUUGCGUCGACCAUCCGAUAAUGCGACAAGUGAUGCUUUACCAUUCGAAUAUCUUCCUUUGGAUUCAGGUAGGCGUUCAUUGAUAGAGUUACGCAAGGGAUUAAAGGUGAAGGGUAAUUUUGAGGCAUUAAGCCGAUAUUUUACAUCCGAUGGCUACAUCGAUCCAACAAAGAUCGCAAAUGGAAUCAGCGUCGAUGCAGAUGUAGAUGAUGGUUGCGUUCAACGGAAGAAACCUUGUGUCGAAAACUAUUUGAAAGAAGCUAUAAUCGUUGAUGAUAUAAAUAUGGUUGAUAGUACGGAGAAAACAUCGGAAUGGCUUGAAAAAACGGAAUUCAGUAUUUUGAAUGAUGAACUCGCUACAGCAGCUGACACCCCACUUACGAACAAUACGUUCGAUUAUGAUACCGUCACCGCAAGUCCGGUGGUGUCACGCAUCGAAGAUUGCCGAAACAUGUUGGCGCAGAGUGAGAAUUCUGGCGAAGAAGACGAAGAUAAAACUCUUAACGAAUUGCUCGAACAAGUGGCCGAGUUGGAUGAAAUCUACUCCGGGUAUCAAAUGAAACGGAACGUAAAAUUAGAAGAAACUAAGCAAGGAUAUGGAAAUGAUAUGAGCUUUGAUUUUGACGAUACAGCCACGUAUACUAGUUUACAAAGAGCUUUCAAGAAUCCGAUUCCGAUAAGUGACCCUGACCCACAGCCACGGUCUUACAAUGUCGAUUAUGACACAGUUGAGCCAAUUAUAAAUCCAUUGGCUCCGGUGAUAGAUAUAAGUCCAGUUCGGCGUAUUGAGAAUGUAGUUGAGGAGGAAAAACUUCCACCGUUGCCACCGAAGCGACUUCGGAAAAUUACCGCAGAGAAUACAGAGUACAAUGCUAAUUUGUUACCACCAUCACCCAGCAUAAAAGAGCCCAAUAACGAUUCCGACGAACCUCAAAUCAUCAUCAAACGCUCUCCAGACUCUCGUUCACCAGCAUCCAGUACAAACAACUCAGCACAGUCGUCACCGCAGAAGAAGCAAGGCUUUUUCUCUCGCAUCUUUCGACGAAAGAGUAAAUGCGAUAUUGGUUCGAAUUGUAACACGGACACAAAGAAUUCGCCGAAUUUGUCGCGCGAAUCGAGUUUCAAUAAUUUUGAAGGAUUCGACCGAAACCGUUUGUCCACUCGGUCUUUCCGAACGCCACAGUCACCGUCAAAGAAAAGCAAACCCGUUGGCAGAAGUGUGAGUUCAGUUUCUGGCAAACGACCACACCUGACUGCCGAUGUGGUGCACAUACCUUUGAAAGGUCUCAGCUCAGACUCGUUGCCGAUGCGCAGCGGCAGCGGUAACAUCAUAAUGCCCGAACAUUAUUCUAGCAAUUUCACUUUAAGCAAUAAUUUGGAUCGAAAGACCGUAAGUGCACUGCAGUUGGCCGACAUCCCCAUCCAAGAUGGUAACAUGGAAUUAGUGGCUAUCGCAGAUGCACAAAGCUUACGCAAUCUGUGUGAAGGCCAGUAUGGCGUUAAAUUAGAUGCUGAUGUUGACUUGUCAGAAGCCGAACAUUUUGCCCUGUACACAUCGGUAGCUCCAACGGCGACUCAAAGUGAAUUUGACGAUAUGUCCGCAUUUUAUGCACCGGUUGAGGCGGCCGAAGUUGUGCCCAACACCGAAAUCGCUAAGCGGCUGGCAAUGAACUACCAAACAAAGGAUUAAUGACUACAUUUCGAGCAACUAAACCAUAUUCAAUCCUAAUUUCAGUCUUUAUUUAUUUAAUUUCACAGUACAAGUCGUUACAUCCAAAUUUGGACCCAUAACAUUAUAAUUUAUUAUUUAUUUUUUCCCUAUUUAUUUACAGAAUUUAUUUUGUAAACACUUUUUUCGUUUGAUUUAUCAAUUGCUUGUUUUUUAUUUUUUUUUUUCGUUUUGUUUUAGACAAAGUUCAGUUGAAACGUAAGCGUUUAAGAACUGGAAAUGAUGUAAAUUUAUUUGACAUUUCACCGCAUGACGGUCGUAAGUUUUCGUUAAUUUUUCGCUAUUUAUUUUCUAUCAUUUUAUCUUCAUUGGUGAUGGGUAGUGGGUAUAAUUCGCUGAGAGUCUUUUUUCUCGAAAUUGUUAAUAUUUAAUUUGUUAUUCAAUUGUUUCAUCGUUUGUUUUACCAUUCAUUGAAAUUCUUGUUGAGUUCCAAAUGCUUCUCCAGAUUGGUUGAUGCUCACAAAAGUGCUCUUCAAGUUCACUCUGUACCAAAAGAUAUCACUGAAAUGUUUUCUGUUCUCUUUGAUCGAAUCAUCAUCAUUCAUCGAGUGAUGUGUAACCCGCCAUUUGCCUUUGCUGUAGGUUUAUAAGUUAAAUUUCUAGUCCAGUUAUACUCAUAUUUAUUUUUAAACGUUGGAAACAAUGCAUCCGUGGUGAAGGUGCUCACAAUUUUACAUUCAUACGGCAUCUGUUUCACGUUUUGAGUUUUCUAGUCAAAAAUUAUUGUGUAAUAUUUCCAAAUGAUUACAUGCAUCAUGAAGAAAUGCAUUUACCAAGUAUCAAAAGAAAGAGAGAGAGAGAAAAAAUCAACAAUGUUAAAAAUGCAAUCAAUAUUUUGUUUUAUCUAAUUGGAAUUUAUUAGUUUUAUGUAUGGUAAAUGGUGACAGGAGGAAUUUUUGUUUCGAUUAUAACUCAUAUGUUAGAUAUGGCAAAAAAAGAAUGUUGAAAUUUUUGUUGAAAUUUCUAUUGCGAAUUUAAAAGUGUAGACGAUAAUAUAAUCAAAAUGGACUUCGGUUGGAAAGGACUAAAAGGAAAUUAAAUACGUAGAAAAAAAGAACAUUUUAUUGAUCUUUGUUAAUGUUUGUCAAGUUAUUAACGAUUAUACACUUAUGGAAAAUGUUAAACAACACGAAAUGCUUAACCAAAAAAAACAACAACAAAUUAUUAUGUAAACUGUCCUUUUAACCCCCCCAAAAAAAUCUGAACAUUUCGAAUAAAUGCAAAGAGAUUGAGAAUCGAU